AAAAAAGUAUAGUACUACUACUAGCAGUAUAAAAUGUAGUGCGUAUUGGGCAGCGCUGUGCAAUUCAACGGCGGCCUCCCUAAUGGAUUCUCCAUUCCUUUUAGCUGCUCUGUUUUUCCUGCCGUUCGCCGCCGUUGCGGCCAACUCCUACCCACAACAGCCCAGUCCAUUCUUCGAACGGAUCUACCAAUUUGGCGAUUCCAUCUCCGACACCGGUAACUUAUUGCGCCUUCCCGGCAGUAGGAUGUUCUACCCCGCCUACCGCCUCCCGUACGGAGAAACAUACUUCCACAAAGCCACCGGCCGGUUCUCAGACGGCCGCCUCAUCGUGGAUUUCAUCGCUGACCAUCUUCGACUCCCAUUCGUUGAGCCUUACUUGAACAAAAACGCGACAUUCGCUCACGGCGUCAAUUUCGCCGUGGGCGGAGCGACGGCUUGCGACGAGGAGUUCUUCACGAGGAUAAACGUCAACUCCGUAGCCCGACUCAAGCCGCCCAUCAGCAAGCAGUUGGAGUGGUUCGAGAAGUACCUGGACGCGACUUACGGAAGUGACAGAACAUCGAUUGAGCGUUCGAGAAGCUUCGAGAAAUCGCUCGUGAUUUUCGGGGAAUUCGGCGGGAAUGACUACGACACACUCUUACGUGAUGGAAAGUCCCCCGAGGAGGUUCAAAGUUACGUGCCGUACGUCGUUGAUGCGAUUAUUCGGGGAAUCACUCGGACGGUCGAGCUCGGAGCAAAGCGGAUCCUGGUACCCGGUCCAUUCCCGACCGGGUGCCUAGUGUUUCCGCUCGCUUCCAGCGCCACCGAUUCAGCUGCCGCGUACGACGAAUUAGGUUGCCUGAAAUCGUUUAACGGCAUCGGUUCCACACACGACCGUAUCCUUAGAGGCGCCCUUUCCUCGCUCCGUCGAGAACUAGCCGGGCAGGGCGUGGUGAUCGUUUACGCGGACUACGAAGGCGCGUUCCGGGAAAUUCUCCGAAACCCUUCAUUACAUGGAUUUGAUAAGGAGUGGCUUCUGAAAGCUUGUUGUGGAGCCCGAGGGGAGGAGGGUAACGCUAAUGAGUAUCAUUUCGACAUAGCAAGACCUUGCGGAACCCCAGGCACUGAGGUAUGCCUGAACCCUGGCCGCGCCCUGCAAUGGGACGGCGUUCAUCUCACCGAUGCAGCUUAUGGUCGCAUUGUUCAUCUCCUCUUAACUGAUCCAGCGGUCAAUCACUUGCUCUCCAAACCAGAUUUAUUGCUCCAAAAUCAUUCUCCAAUUUAAGCCCAUAUAUAAAUAGCGUAUUAUUCUAAAAGUUGGCCAGGUCUUUGUAGAGGGGCAACUAUGGAGCAAACUCUAGCGGUCUCCUAUCUUUUUCUUUCAACUUUUUCUUUGUUUUCGAUCAUGGAAAAAGAUUUUGAAUUCAUCAUGGGUGUUUCUUUUUUAGUGAUGUUUAGAAUUGGAGGGAGUAUUAGAUUAAUUAAUCAAUCACAUGUGAAAUUGAAUGAAUACCCUUUCACUUAAAUAAUUUUAUUUUUAUUGCCAUAUUUAAAUAACCAAAUUUAUUUGGCA